AUGCCGAACCAUCGUUUGUCGAAACGAGUACUGUUUUCCGUGCCUAAUUCAGAAUGGCGGAAGCAGAGAAGUGACCAACCCUUGAGCUGGCGGAGGGGCGCGAAAGAAAUCACGAAACGUUUGGGUGCUGAUGAGGACCGCGUGAUCCCCAUUGUGCCUGGUUGGAGACAGUGCAAGAUAUGGGUGCCAGCCGAUGUCAGUGGCAUUCUUGUUGUCAGUUUCCAUCCAGACUGCUUUAAUGAAAGUUGUUGGUGGUAUCAUCCAUUUGGUUAUGAGGUGAUUAGACAACGGAUAUUUGGCUGUAAAGCAGGUAUUGUAGCCACAGAAAACGUUCAGGAGUUGCUGGGUCAUACGUCACACACACCGAAAUUCCGUCUACCGAGACGAGGUUGGUUCUCCGUAUCUCCUUCAGAAUAUCGAAAACCGAGAGGAAGACGACAUUGUUGUGUAAAUGAGUUUAUUUCGGUUAAACGAUACAAUGAUUCAGCUGUAACACUUUUUGAGCGCUUAGAUGCCAUGCCGCCUGAAGGCAGCACGAGGGCAGAUAUACUGCCAAGUUGCUCAAGCCCAGACAGGAGCAGGUUGGGGGUUGGAACAUGUAUGGCGACUUGUUCCGUAGAAAAGGUAAUGCAUUUGCAUUUCCCCGCCAAACAUCGCUGCCCUGCGGUUAGGCUUAUGAGCCAAAGGCUUUGGUUGAGGACCCUAAUCGUCCUCCUGUCUAGGUGUGGGCGCCCUGGCAUAAAACAGUACUGUGGUGGCAGUGAACAUGUGGAUGAAGCGUGGCAAAAUGUGAAAGAAGCUAUACUAGCGGCGUUCAGUGCUGCCUGCCCGGCUUCUCCAAUUCGACUACAAGACCACCGGAUGACGUCGAGUUCGUUAUCCAUGAUUGAUGCCAGGAAAGCCAUACCACCAGGCAACGAGUACGACGGCGCACGCAAAUCCCUCAAACGCCAAAUAGUGAAGAGUCUAAGGAAAGACCGAGAGCUCUGGUGGAUAUCGAAAGCUCGGGAGAUGGAGGCUUUUGUUACGGGAAACAGCCGUGCCCUUUAUCAACCGAUACGAUCGACUGGCCCUAGGAAAGCAACGGUCAGCGAAACGAUGAGCGAAAACAAUGGCUCGUUAAUUCACUCGCAACAACGUCGAAUAGGGAGAUGGGCCGAACACUUCGAAGACUGGCCUCAUGCAACACAGCCGGUGGAGAUAAUACAUACGGGUGAAUGGAAUGUAAACCUUGAUCGCCCUUCGGAAGAAGAAAUAAGGUAUGAAAUAGCCGUACUGAAACGUGAGAAGGCACCAGGACCUGACGGUCUGUAUCCACCCCUCUUCAAAGAAGGCGGAAAUUCCCUGGUGACCCACCUGACAAAGCUUAUUGGCACUAUGUGGGACGAAGAGAAAGUGCCUGAAGAAUGGGGCAUGUCGACAACUAUCCCUAUCUUCAAAAAGGGAUGGCGCAAAUCGCGAGGUGGACAGCACAUGACUUGGCAGAAAGGAGUGGAAGAGAUCACGAAGAGUUUGGGUGUUGUUGGUAUUGUGCGACUUCCAGGAUGGGGUCCCCGUGACUCCGUCUGUGCUUGGCUGGAGACGUUGCAAGAAAUGGCGGCUAAUCGAUGUCAGUGGCGUUCUUGCUGUCAGCUUCUUUCUAGAUUACAAACCUUAUGGUUGUACGGCAGUGAAGCAUCAGUGCCAACAAUGAUGUGUUUUUUUUUGUUGUUGUUGUUGUUGUUGCAUAAAGGCUAG